AUGAAGUUAGGAUAUUCAUUUCUGAUCUUUGGAAUUAAGGACUGUAACUAUAGGCUAAGAGUUUCUACUUUUUGAUGAAGACCCUCUUCCACACGCCAAUGAAGAUGAUCCAACAAGUGGACCGGCUCGUGAUUGGAGAACGUCACAGGCCUUGUUGAAGCAGUUGAUGGCUGAGGAGGAAGUGCUCUGAAGAGAAAGUAGGGAUUCGGUCUUGCUUGUUUACACCGAAGACGGGUAGGCAACAGAGGAGAGAAGGCUAUACAGAAAAAAGAAAAAUUGCUAACAUGAAAGGCUGGCCUUGAUGUAUUUCAUACCUGUGCCAAGCGUCAAGGUGAGAACUCGUCCUCAUGCCAGCCAGUCACAGCAUGCUGGAAGAAUGCACCCGUUAAACAAGCGAGAGGCCGGUGUCUGGCAUCAAACAAGGAGCCUGCUCUACAAGAACCUGCUCAUCAAAUGGAGGACCAAACAGCAAAGUCUACAGGAGCUGAUCCUCCCGCUGAUGCUGUUGAGUCUGCUCAUCCUCAUCAGCACGCUCAACCCACACGUCUACUACGGCGGCGUGGGCACCACGGAGCUGGAGAGCGAGAACUACCUGUCACUCAAGGGCCUGGGCUACACCCCCAUCACCAAUGUCACCAAUCACAUCAUGGAGGAGGUGGCGCAGGAGCUCCACAUGCAGGAUCGUCUGGAGAUGUUCGCCAACGAGGAGGACCUGGAGAACGCCAGUCUGUACGAGCCCCUGGGUUAUGUGGGGGUGGUCUUCCGAGACAACAUGUCCUACCGGCUGAGGUUCCCCUACAAUCAGCUGCCCUUACCCAGCGACUACACGGAGUCCAUUGCUAGUUGUUUUUCCAACUCUGUGAAUUGCCGAGCCGCUAACUACUGGUACUCUGGGUUUGUGCGCCUGCAGACCCUCAUUGACGCCACCAUCAUUCAGAUGCAGACCAAGCGCUCGGUGUGGCGGGAGAUGGACGUGCGGGUGGUGAUGAUGGGCCAGCCGGGCUCGGUGGAGGUGCAGAAGUUCCCGCACGCGCUCAUCUCCAUCUACCUGGUGCUGGCCUUCACGCCCUUCGUCUCCUUCCUCAUCGUCAACGUGGCCGCCGAGAAGGAGCACCGCCUCAAGGACACCAUGAGCAUGAUGGGGUUGUACGACUCCGCCUUCUGGCUGUCAUGGGGUCUGCUGUACGCCGCCCUGGUGACCACCAUGUCCAUCCUGAUGGCGGUGAUUUCCACCUGCACGUCCCUCUUCUACCACAGCAACUUCUUAGUCAUCUUCCUGCUCAUCUUCCUCUACGGCAUCUCCUCAGUAAGUCACUCAAACACUCUCCAUCAUUAGAUUUAUAAAUCAUGC